AUUUGGCAUGCGUAAGCCGAUAGCGAGACGUAUCUGUACACCGAUAAAAUAAUAAUAAUAAUAAUAACAUAAUGUAUAAUAAUUAUUAUUAUUGUUGUGCCUACCAGUAACCACAAUAAUAAUAAUAAUAAUUAACAAUAUCAUUUCAUACGCACACGUAAUACAUUAUAAUAGUACACGUUUGAACGUUAUCGCCGUCGUCCGUCGACUACGGGACGUGAUUAGUCGUAAACACAACAACAGAUUACGGAAGGACGCUCAUCGCUCUCUCUCCUAAUAAUACACCUACAUAACAACAAUAUUGGCGAUCGUCGUCGUGUUGUCGCACGGUUCGGUAAAGUGCGUUUAAUAAAAAAAAUAAAUAAAUAAACAAUUAGUAUAACCGCCGUCUCCGGUGUCGAGUUUGCGGAUGGUGCGAUACUGCCUGACGGACCUCAUCGACAAGUUGAUUGCCACAAUAAUAUUACAAUAUUUAUCUUCGUCGUCGCCGUUGCAAUUUCCGUGUCGUCUGAACCACCGUAACGUACACGCGCGCGCGCGCUCUCCAUCCAACGGACCCGACGACCGUCGGAGACGCACGUCGCCGUCAUUUCGUUCAAGACUGCACCAAACGCAUUAUAAUAUACCAACUGCAUACGUCUUAUGUUAGCCGGAAACAUGCCGUUAUUUGGGAAAUCACAGAAAAACCCAGUGGAGGUAGUGAAACAAAUAAAAGAAGCUGUUGUUGCAUUAGAAAAAGGAGAUAAAAAGUUAGAAAAAGCACAGGAAGAUGUUAGCAAGAAUCUUUUAAUCAUAAAAAAUUUAUUAUAUGGAACAGCAGAUACUGAGCCCCUGUCUGAUAUUGUUGUUGCUCAGUUAGCACAAGAAAUGUACAACAACAACUUAUUGCUAAUGUUGGUACAAAAUUUGACAAAAAUAGACUUUGAAGGAAAAAAGGACGUUGCUCAAGUUUUUAACAAUGUCCUUCGUCGGCAAUUGGGUAGCCGAUCACCUACCGUUGAACAUAUUUGUGCAAAAUCUGAAAUUCUGUUUACUCUAAUUGCUGGGUAUGAACAUCAAGAAAUAGCUCUUAACUGUGGAACAAUGUUACGUGAAUGUGCUAGAUAUGAAGCUUUAGCAAAAAUAAUGCUGUACUCAAAAGAAUUUUUUAAUUUUUUUCGUUAUGUAGAAGUUUCAACUUUUGAUAUUGCUUCAGAUGCAUUUUCCACGUUUAAGGAAUUGCUGACUAGACACAAACCACUAUGUGCUGAAUUCCUUGAAAUCAACUAUGAUAAAGUGUUUACACAUUAUCAACAGCUGCUGAAUUCUGAAAAUUAUGUAACUCGUCGUCAGAGUCUUAAGUUACUUGGUGAACUGUUGUUAGACCGUCAUAAUUUUACGGUAAUGACUCGAUACAUAUCAAAUCCGGACAAUUUAAAAUUGAUGAUGAAUAUGUUAAAAGAAAAAUCUAGAAAUAUUCAAUUUGAAGCUUUUCAUGUUUUUAAGGUAUUUGUUGCUAAUCCUAAUAAACCGAAGCCUAUUCUGGACAUUUUGCUUCGUAACCAAGAUAAGCUGGUUGAAUUCUUGACAAGAUUUCAUACCGAGCGAUCUGAAGAUGAACAGUUCAAUGAUGAAAAGGCGUAUCUGAUCAAACAAAUUAAAGAGCUCAAACCCACUACUAGUGAUCAAUGAUUUAGGGUGUAUGCGACUCGAAAUUAUGACUAUUCGAGUUGUUGAUAAUUACUUUACUUGUCAUCAUUUUAUUUUAAGUUAGAUUAUAUUUAGGGGUAAUAACACAUUUAUAUAAUUUGGUUUUCCAAGGGGCAUUUCAAAUUUUUACGCAUAACAAAUAAACAUAAUUUAUUUA